CAACUCGCAGAGAGGCGGAUGAUAACAGCAUCCUUUGCUGUUAUUCAGCCAUCACACAUCUCAAUGAACUGCUCGCAGAGAAAUCACUGAUCGUGCCUACUGCUUUUUGCAGGGCAGAGAUACUGAUCAGUGUCUAAAGACUGCAUCAUUUUUCUUAUGAAAUUAUUUUUUCAUAGACUCCUUUUUUAACUUCAAGGUCUCUGUAGCCUAUCUCUUUCCACCAUGGUGCUAGGAAAGGUAAAGAGCUUCACAGUAAGCUACGACUGUCUCAAUGACAGCAAUGUUCCCGUGUUUUCCAGCGGGGACUGCGUCUCAGGGAGGGUGAUCAUCGAAGUCACCGGAGAAAUCCGCGUGAAAUCUCUCAAAAUCCACGCAAAAGGAUUUGCUAAAGUUCGUUGGACUGAAUCGAGAAAUGCUGGAUCCAACACUGCCUACACGCAAAACUACACAGAAGAAGUGGAAUACCUAAAUCACAAAGAUAUUUUAAUUGGGCACGAGAGAGACGAUGACAACUCGGAGGAAGGACUCACCACUAUCCAUUCAGGAAGACAUGAGUAUGCAUUCAGCCUCGAGCUUCCACAGACACCUCUGGCUACCUCUUUCGAAGGGAAGCAUGGCAGUGUGCGCUAUUGGGUAAAGGCAGAACUCCACAGGCCAUGGCUCCUGCCAAUGAAGACCAAGAAGGAAUUUACAGUCUUUGAGCACAUUGACAUCAACACUCCAUUAUUGCUGUCACCACAGGCCGGCACAAAAGACAAGACGCUUUGCUGUUGGUUCUGCACCUCAGGUCCUAUUUCCCUAAGUGCCAAAAUUGAAAGGAAGGGAUACACCCCAGGAGAGUCGAUCCAGAUCUUUGCUGAGAUUGAGAACUGCUCUUCCCGCAUGGUGGUGCCAAAGGCGGCCAUCUACCAGACUCAGACCUUCUAUGCCAAAGGGAAGAUGAAGGAGGUCAAGCAGCUGGUGGCCAACCUGCGGGGAGAGUCUCUGUCCUCGGGCAAAACGGAGACCUGGAGUGGCAAGAUGCUGAAGAUUCCACCUGUCUCACCCUCCAUCCUGGACUGCAGCAUUAUCAGAGUGGAGUACUCCCUCAUGGUUUACGUGGACAUACCCGGGGCAAUCAAUCUGUCCCUGAACCUGCCCCUAGUCAUCGGAACCAUCCCUCUCCACCCUUUCGGCUCCCGUACCUCCAGCGUCAGCAGUCAGUGCAGCAUGAGCUGGCUGGGCAUGGGUCUGCCUGAGCGGCCUGAAGCUCCUCCAAGCUAUGCAGAAAUUGUGACAGAAGAGCAGAGGCAGAGCAGUCUGGAUGUCCCAGCUGCCCGCGAGGAGCUGGACGGACCUCUCUUCGCCUACAUUCACGAGUUCCGCUUCCAGCCUCCUCCACUGUACUCCGAGAUCGAUCCUAACCCAGAUCAUGCCACACGUACAGAGGAGCGCAGGCUCGACACCUGUCCAUCACGCUGAAGGGUAUUCCUGAAUUUCCCCCGACUGAUUCGGGGAUCUUUAAAGAAACCUGCUUGCAAGGCUCAGCUUUGUUUAUUUUUCUCUGACAACAACGUUCAUACAACACCGUUGACAUCAAGAGAAAAACAACCAACCAACCGAGAAAGACUUGGACAAAUACCUGCGGUUGAGUUGGGGUGGACAAACCUGUUCCUGCCUUCCCUCAGCGAGAGAAACAGAAGUCACUAGUUUGGGGCAUUGCUUCCUUCCUGUGUCAGCCUGCUGAGGGUGGGAUGCAUACAGAUGAACACAUAUUCAGUCUGUAUGAAAAGCCCCACUGGUAGCGAGAGCCCUGGUGAUAGUAUUGACAAUGACGACGAAGAAACUGCAAGGCUCGGCCUGCCAAGCUCCUCUUAGACCCCUCGAUUCUUCUGUACUCAUGGCACAUAAGGACAUGGCGCCUCACACAAAGGGCAGGACUAAUCAUGUCCAGACUUCAGCAGAAUCACCUAAAGAAAACGGGACAAAGAGAGAAAAAUAUCAACAACGUUCUAACCACCAUAAUCUGUAUGAAUGAGAGCAUCCAGUGGCGGCAGUCAACAACAGAGCAAAGACUUGGUCCUCCUGCCUCAUUUUGGAUUUUGUUUUGCACAUUUUAUUCUUUACUUGAGUUGUGUGGCUCUGUUUAAUGAGAAUUGAAAAAAAAAAAAUCACUAAUAGUUGGUUCCAGCUUUGUAAUGCGCCAGACUAAGAAUAUGAGACUGUAGGCUUAACUUUUAAGACUUUCUUUUGCAUAACUUAGAGCAAUUUUGAGAACACGAUUCGAUUUUGGAAAAAAGAAAAAAAAAAAAAAGAUUGACAAGGACAAGAACAAUGCACUGAAUUUGUUUAAGUUUUUUUCUUUGUCUCCUUUUGACAUUUCCUCAGUGACUUAUAACAACUAGACUGGACUUUUUACAACAACUGCAGCACACUUUCUCCAUCUGGAAGCUCUUUUAAGAUGUUGCCUCCUCAGCUUGGAUCCAAGUGUGGCUUCCCUCCUAUUUUAGUUUUUGUAUUUAGCUCCAAUUGUAGAAUAGCUUUUUAGCCUUUUUUGUGUUGAGGUUGCUCUGGAUUUGGACUAGGAGGGUUGCAGACCUUAAUUUGCCACUCAAUAUUGUAGCUGAAGAGAACAGUGUGAGUCUGUGUGUGAGUGUGUGUGUGUGAAACAGAGAGGGUGGUACAUUGUGGAGGGACUCGCCUCACCCUAAUUACCUGCAGCCCCUCUACUCCUAAUCUCAGGGCAAGCCAGGCUUGCAUAACUGCCCAAAAAGCACUGUCUCAGGUGGUCGUCUCACUUGCCAAAUGGUUGGAAAAAAAAGAGAAAAAAUGUUAUAGGUUUUCUUUUAAAUUGCACUGUUAAAGUAAUGAAGUUUUUUGGGUUUUUUUUAAUUACCAAAAUGAGACUUGCAGAGAAGCAAGGCAGCUUUCUGAGAUAAAUCACAUUCCCUUUUUGUCCUGCUGCACUUGCCCAGUUCAUCCUACCAACAGUUAGAUUUUACCAGACCAGUGAAACCAGAAUGCUAGCUAUAAAAAAAAAGGGGUCAAAAGAGGAGCGAAACUACAAACCCAGGUGCAAGUAAAAAGCUGGGGACGUUGCUGAACCUCCGUUCAGACUGGUCAGAACAAGUAGUAGUAGGUUGACAUGAGUAAUACAUUGGUUUUCUAACUCAUUCAACACAAAGACCAGCUGCAACAGAGGUUUAACAUAGUGAGGAAAACGAGAAAAGCAGCACUUUUUUGAUAAGAAAAUGAUCAUUAAAAAAAUAAAAGCAUUCAAUGGUGAAGGUCUGAAGAAAAACCAUUUGGUACUAACCAUGUUAUACUAGAGGAUUUUUCAUUAAAGUAGUGUUGUGUAGGACAUUAAUGCAUUUUUUUUAAUUAGUGACUUUUUAAGUUUACAUUUUAAAUGUAGCUGACACAACUUUGUAUGUUUUGUGUGUGUGUGUGUGCGUGUGUGCGCGCGUGCACGCUCUUAUCAAGAUCCAGCUGGCAACUAAAUACAAAGCCUCUGACAGUAAUCGACAAACUGCAGAUUAUUAAAGUGAUCUUAUCUUAGUGGCCUUGACACAGAAAAGACCUGAUCAUGAUUCUUCAUCUUUCAGCGUCUGUUAAACUCUCGUUCUUCUGCAUAUUAUGUCUGUUCACGUCUGUAUGUUUUUGACCUUUCCAUGUUUAUUCAAAAGGACAAAAAGGGAAGAGGAAAAAGUCCUUUAGAAGCAAGUGUUGCAAAAAUGACAUCCUGGACAGGCCUCUCGAUUUUGUUAUUUUUCUGAAGCUGAUGAAGCUAUUAUUUUUUUUCCAUGUAUUUCUGGGCAUUGAUAUAGUUUGCUUUCUUGUUUAACAAGCAACCUUCCUGAGUUAGUCUCCCUGACCUCUCUGGUCCCCCCUCAGGCCUGGGGGUGGCAGCUGUUGAUCAGCACUCUCCUCCCCCCUUUGAGAAACAUUUAGGGAUAGCAGAUAAACCGCUUCUUCCACGGUUAACUCACGUUCUUUCCUGAUUAUAUUUGUUUGCAGUUCUUUGUUUGGAUUUUAUCUUAGGGAAUCGAGCUACAAGCUAUGAAUAAGCUUACAUAUUUGUUUCAGGUUGGUCAAUUCCAUAGUCCAUUUGCUUGGGCCGCAAAGUAGUCCAGUGUCAAAACUAAGCUAAACUCCUGACCUAGUAAAAGGCAGGAACUGAAAUGUUCAGAGAUAAAGAAACCUUGGAGAUGGGAUCUGAAACAUUUUAGAAACAAAGUGCAAUAUCACUCACUGAAUUUUUUUCUUCAUUCUCCAUUUGUAUGUUUGUUUUUAUCUUUUUUUUGUCUGUCGAUCAUGACGAUGUAUAGAUAUUCUAUGAAUAUACUACGUUCUGAAUGGUUUAACCUUUUGUCUAGUUCUUCCUUUUGAUUUGAAUAAACGUUUUGCUCUAAAUUA